AUGGAUAUCCAGAAAAAAUCUUCAAUGGCACUUAAUUCAAUGGGAAUUGGUUCCUUAUUAAGUCAAAUUGUUUUGGUUGCUUUCUUUUUCCCAGCAAUGUUUGGAAUGCCAGCUGUGGUGCUGAAGAUUGCCUUAAUUAUAAUUAAUACGCCAACAGAGAUUAUUUCAUUAGCUUCUACCAUAGUUGCGUCGAAUAGUCUUGGAAAUGAAUAUAUUGAAAAAUGGUGGAGUACAGACACAAUGAAAAAUAAACAAAUGGUAGGAUAA